AACGCGCUGCUCAAGGACUACGACGAACCAUCGACGAUGCUCGAAGUUCAGCCGUCGUACCCACGGGCGAUUCUCUUGAGCGAGCAAACGUCGGUGCGAACUGCGGUCGAGGCCCUUCCGUCUCUCUUGACGCGUCUCACGUUUCAAAUCUACACGCAGUACUGCUGGGUCGACGUCGAGAAGCGCUGGGAGCUCGCGCACACCCGCGUCCGUCAAGAGCGCUGCACCGCCCAGUACGACACGAACGCUGCGGUGUACCUCGAGCUACUGCUUCGCAACGUCAAUUGGUCGGCUUUUCUCGGCCGGUUCGAGUCGUCGUUUAUGUUUUCCGUCGGAGACGCCGUCGUCGCCUCACGUGGGGGCGCGCAAUGGCUUGUAAGUGUUCAGAACGCGCGCGUCUCGGCCGACGAUGAAGUCGCAUUCUGGGACUCGCAUGGGCUCACGCAUUUCACAAUGCAGUGGGGCAACAUGCUCUCCAUCGGCAUGCACGAAACAAUCGCAAUCACCAAUGCAUUUGGGUGGCCACAGACGCUCUCAACCACCAACAUUGCGUAUGCCAGUCGAGGGGCGCUCUGGACGACCGUAAUUCAAAACUGGUACUUCUUCAACGACCUCUGGGCGUCGUCGGUCGCCAACGGCAGCCUCGUGCGCAGUGCGCCGAAUUUUAUGGCCAACAAUACGCUCGGGCCCUCCAUGACGGUCGAGUUCAUCACGGGCGUCUACCCGUUCACGGCCGCGAGCGUUAUCGUGCAUGACGCGCUUGGCCCGUUUGAAUCGGUCGAUAUCUUUCUCGUUGCGCCGCCAGCGUCCGUGCGCACGCUCGUUGCCACGUUUCAAGCCUCGUUAAUCGCUGCAUUAGCUGCUGAUCCCCGUCUCUUGGCUGCGCUCACGCAAUGGCCGUCGGUGCAAUUGGACGCAACUCCGAUAUCUUGGCGCGGAGGAAGCCGAACGUACUUUGGCGGCAGCCCCAUGUGUGUCUUCGGUGCCGGGUCUACGUUUGUGCAGCCGUCCUUCCUCUUUCAAGACACGUGUUCCAGCCAAAAGCCAGCCUUGAUCACACUGCAGCCAAUGCCUCGAAUCUUUGGGGCGACAGCAAUCAACACUUUGCAGCGAUCUCCCAAUACACACCCGAUUUGCGAAGUCUGCGAAUCGACAACGCAGCUCUGCGUCUCGGCUCUCCACGAUGCGCACUC